UUCGAAAAGUUUACGCUUUCUUCUGAGUACGGGAGAAUAAAAUUAAAAACCGAAAGUGAAAGAAAAGUAAUGGCGACAAGUAGCGGAUUUACCUUUGGUGCAACUAACAACAAUAGUAAUAUAUUUGGUGCCAAAACUACAACUUCAACGUUUUCGUUUGGUACCGCUCCUGCGUUUAGUGGAUUUGGUUUAAGUAAUACUUCUAAUGCUUCAUCAACUUUAGCAUUUGGUGCAACAACAAACACAAAUCCUGGAUUUUCAUUUGGUGGUUUUGGUGCUGGUCUAACAUCAACAUCAUUACCCAGUUCCAGUACAGGUAGCUUAUUUGGAAGUAAGCCAGCAACGACAGGGUUUAGCUUGUUUGACACAAAAAGUACUACUGCUACAUCAUUACCUUUCCAGCUAGGUGUAGCAACAAGUGCACCUUCACAAUUACAAAGUGAUAGUUCAUUUGCAUUAGCAAAACCACUUGAAAAUCCUAAAGAAGAAAAAGUUCCUGCAGAAUUUGUUACAUAUAUUAAUGAAACAGAGAAUUAUCUUAAAACGCAAAGAGAAUUGAAGGAUGAAAUAUCCAGAAUAUCUUCACAGACAGUUAAUGAGAUUCAAGAUCAGUUAAACACGAUGAAUCAGGCAAUUGCAAUAAUAUCAAAUAGUUUGCAAAGAGACAAGCUAGCUGCUGAAUAUCUUAAAAAUCAAGUUGGCCAGGAAUUAAAAAAUACAGAAACAGCUCGUCUUAUUCGUGAUCUACCUCUAUCCAAUCUGCAUGACUUUAAUGCUCCUAUGCAAUACUUUCAAUCACUUGUUCUUACUUUUCAAAUUAGAAUAAAAAAAUCUCGCCAAGAAAUAGAAGAGCUAGAAGUCUUUCUAUCUUCAUCUUCACCCUCUAAUCAAUUUACUCCACAAGAUUUAAAAGUUGUACUUAAAAGGCUAAGUGAAUCAUUUCUUGGACUUGCUGCUGAACUCCAGACUGUCCAUGAAGCUGUUAAGAUGAUCAAACAAAAGUAUUUACAGUUUCUUCGUUCAACAUUUAAUGAUUAUAGCGAUCCCUUCACUUCAAGACGUAAAAAAGACUUGCGAGAAAAAGAGCCAUCAGAUUUUAAUGGACCAUCGCCAUUUCCUAUGAUUCAAGGAGCUGGAAUUAUAUCCGGUGCAUUUAAAAUUGACAAUAAGCCUCAAAAUCUUGGAUAUAAUUUACGAAAUUCUUCUGCUUUUCCGAAGCCUUCUGGUACUGGUUUAACUCGCAGUUUGUCAUUUGAUGAAAUUGCUAAGUCAACUCCGUUCAGUGUUUCAACGGAAUUUGGAUCGUCAACUAAUAACAAUUUGCCUUUAGGGCAAUCACCAGCCACUAGCUCAUCUUCUAAUUCAUCUUUCAAGCUUCGAAACCCUCCCAAUGGAAAAAGGGGAAAGUUAUAUUAGCUGAUAGUUUAGCGGAGAUUUGACAAAGAUUCAAUCUAGUUUACUAUCAUUAAAAUAUAACUUUUAAAUUAAAAACUCUAUUUAUCGCAAUAAUGGGAAUUUCCAGUUGUAUAAAAAAUAUUUCAACUAUAAAAAUAUAACUUCUUGUUGA